AUGGCUCUUCAGCUGGGGAAUCCACUGCUAGAUAUUGAAAUAAGCGUGAAGUCCGCUGAAUAUCUAUGGUCACAUGGUGUCAUUUCUGAUGAACUGCUUGAUAUGCAAAGAACAAUCUGUAAUGAAACAAGGUAUGUGCUGGAGUAUAUACGUAAUGAGACAUCUAACGAAUGCUCGAAAGUGUGGGAACUCAGAACGGAGGAGAUGGGAAAUGAUACAGUGAAGGAUGAUAUUCUUUUGCCAACAUGUGUAACCUCUAAUACAGCAGGACAAUUACAGGCCCUUGGAAAUCUUGCCAUAAUGCAUGAAAAGCUCGAUAAGAAAGUAGGAACAGUUGCUGAUCCAUGCCUUACUGAGUGGAGUGAUCUGUACCUUAACAAGCCAGAAGUUCAGAAGGCGCUACAUGCCAAUACCACUUUCCUGCCGUAUGCCUGGGAGAUUUGUUCAGGGCCCCUUCAGUAUAGGCUAGAUGAUGGUGGUGUAAACAUUAUACCUCUACUGUCAAAUAUUCUAAAAGAGCAUAUCCCAGUUCUGCUUUUCAGACUAGGAAAAAUUGCUAAACUGCUUGCUCGAGAUUUAAAGCUAGUUGCUUUUGACAAAUAUGGUCCUUGGUAUGAUGGCUUUCAGAUUGGAGGAUGGAGUCAAUCAUUUGGAGGGUUAAAGGAAGGCAAGAAUGUUACAUAUUUAACAUUUGCUACAGUAAGAGGUGCAGCUCAUGAAGUGCCCUAUACAUCUCCUUCACAAGCUCUUACACAUUUUAGAGCAUUUUUGGGAGGACAUCCUCCACCACGUAAGAGCAGCACUAUUACAGCCUCAGCUGUAUAA